AUGACCAACGAGGAGCGCGACAUUAGCCGGCUAGCACGACUGGAUACUUAUGGGGGGCAAUAUUCCAAGAACUCGGCACUGAAUGCUGAGCGAUCCCGACUAGAGGCGGAAAUAGCCCAUCUAAGCUACCUACUCGUAGCUCACAGGGACUGUUGCGGCACUUCGCAGGGGUGCACUCACUCCAUGCACCUAGGGUCGCCUCAGAAUACACCCGGUAAGCGAGGCGUCUUCCCGUUAAGACUGCAAAACUUACUCAUUUGCCAGACUUGCAAUGUAGCCAAAAAUACAAAAACUUCGAAGGGUACUGAUUCUACCGGUAAAAGUCGGAUGAACCAUCAUGUGAACUCAGUAAGCCAUUGCAGCCCGAGGCUAUUUCCCCUUGGCGCAGUAUGCAAUUGUUGA